AUGCUGACCCUUCAGAACUUCGUCUCGCGUGUUCGUCACGGUGGAUCUAAAGAACUACAACUCUCCCCGAUGGCAAGAUGCCUGCAGAUUGACGAACUCGUACGGCCCAUCAUCUACAUGAUUUACGAAACAAGUGGAAAGCGCGAGGUGGCACGGAUAGCCAGGACCUGCAGAGCGAUCUGUGCGCCAUCGUUAGACAUCAUCUGGGAGGACAUGGACAAGUUGUUGCCCCUGUUUAAGCUGCUUCCUCCUUACUCAUGGGAACUAGUGGAUGCUGGCAGAGGCAAAACUUACUCGAGGGAUUUGAGCAAACUUGCAUGGCGUGCGAUCAGUUCGAGGUGGGCGAGGUGGCACCACAAGGCAGCAUCGGAGAAGCCUCCUACAUCGACUCAGACGUUCCGGUGGCUAGGCUUCCCCUCCAACGUCGAAUGGUCUUCGCGCGAAAUCGAUUUGAAACCCUUCCAAGACUACGCCUCACGCAUCAAGACAUUUACAUGGAAGUCCGGGACGCAGAAUAACUUGACGGUUUCUACGAUACAGUCAGUCUUUCGUGAACUUGGGUCUACAGCGGUCCUUCUCCCAAAAUUGCGCGUGUUACACUGGAAGAUGCCGCGAGACGACCUUUUACCCCUCGCGACACGCCUACCGGGAGAAAACUUGGAGAAGUUGGUGUUGUAUCACAAUGCCACUCCUGUCGUAGUGAAGACUCUGAAGGAGCUGCGGCUCAGUUCACGCCUGUGUAACCUCGAGUCCUUGCAAAUAGGCGUGCCUAUGUCGAAGGAACUAGGUGAUGAAAUGGCGCAGGUCCUGCAAGGCACAAAGAGUCUCCAUCGACUGUAUUAUGUGUUCAGUUCUAUCCCACUUCUCGUAGUUCAAGCUCUAGCGGAAAGACAAACCUUAACGCAUGCCGAGUUCGGCGUGGUGGCGAAGGACCUCUUGGAAUUGCAAGCGCUCGCCAUAGGGAACGCGUUUUCUAACUUAAUAACUCUCACUCUGCGUCUGGAUACACUCGCGGAAGGGACACUUGCGCUUCUUGGUAACAUCUCCUCACCGCGCCUGAAGGCACUUUCCGUCGAGGUAGAAGACUGUCCUACAGCCGACACCGUCCGACACCACCUGGAAUGCCUCGUCAAAACGCGCUUUAUUCGCGAAUUAGUCGAGCUGAAAUGGGUCAUGGGACAGUUCGCGUGCUCGCGUGACCAGAUGCACACUCCUCAGAAACGUCGGGAGCUCUUGAUCACCCCAUGUACUCUGGAACCGCUGCUUCACAUGGGCAGGCUCAAGCAUCUGGUCGUCAAAGGCCGACAUCUGGCGUUGGACAUGCCCUUCCUCGAAUGUCUCUCCGUGGCCGUCCCAGAUAUCAUUGAGCUUCACUUCAAGCACUUUUCGUUGUAUGCCCGGCACGGUGAAACUGCCUGCACCUUCUUUAAGCUAUCUGAUGUGCAGUUCCUCCGCGACCGUUGCCACCAUCUCCGUGUGGUUGGACUCAACCUGGUCGACUACGAGGGUUGGCGCGAAGUCCGCGUAAGAAAUUGA